UUACUGUAACGGAAGCAGUUGGUCCUUUGUACUUCCGGUUUCUUUCUGCAGUGCCUGAACGUUUUUUGGACGCCGCGCGAACCUAGAAAGUUCGCUAAAUCUGUUUCUGCCUUAUUGUUAUUUUUUUUCACUCAGAAUUGCGUUCUGCAAACGCUUAUUAAUCCACGAAGCUGAUAUCUGAGGAAGAGGAUUUGUUUGGCGUUAAGACUGGGACGGAAAUUAGCUGAUUCUCUAUGGGGUUCAGGUCAGGCGAGUCGGCUGGACAAUCAAGCACAGUAAUACCACGGUGAGCAAACCAGUUACUAAUAGUUUUGGCACUGUGGGCAGGUGCCAAGUCCUGCUGGAAAAGGAAAUCAGCAUCUCCAUAAAGCUCUUCAGCAGAUGGAAGCAUGAAGUUCUCUAAAAUCUCCUGGUAGACGCUGCAUCGACUCUCGACUUGAGAAAACACACUGGACCAACACCAGCGGAUGACAUGGCAACCCAAAUCAUCACCGACUGUGGAAACUUCACACUAGACUUCAAGCAGCUUGGAUUCUGUUCCUCUCCACUCUUCCUCCAGACUCUGGAACCUUGAUUUCCAAAUGAAACGCACCAUUUACUUCCAUCUUCCCCGUGAUUGUGGUUGUGUACUGGAACCAGACUGAGAGAUUAAAGGCUCAAGAAACCUUUGCAGAUCUCCCCAGCAUGUCUUUGCCCAAGCGGGAGGUGGAGGAGCUGCGUCCCUGGGUGGAGCGCACCGUGAAGAAGGUGCUGGGUUUCUCGGAACCCACCGUGGUCACUGCGGCCCUGCACUGCUUAGGGAAAGGUCUGGACAAAAGGAAGACAACAGACCAGCUAAGACCGUUUCUGGAUGAGUCGGCGGGCAGCUUCGUAGAGCGGCUGUUCGAGGCGCUGGAAGAGAGCAGGAGUUCCCGGGGCAACAAAGGCACAGCCGAGAAAAACCGCAAGAGAGAGCUGAAGGAUGUGUUCGGCGAUGAGGUGGAGGCACACAAAGAUCUAGAAGGUGGUGAAUCUGCGGCGAAGAGGAAGAGAGUACCCCGAUUCGAGGAGGUCGAAGAGCCAGAAGUUCUUCCCGGGCCUCCUGUGGAAAGUCCUGGCAUGCUCACCAAGAUGCAAAUAAAACAGAUGAUGGAAACAGCCACGCGUCAGAUCGAAGAGCGAAAGAAGCAGCUUAGUAUCACUCAGCCCAGACUGCCCCUGCCUACCCCCCAGCCAGCAGCGUCCAGCAUGCGCCCUCUCCUGCCUCCUGCUCCAGGCCCAGCUCAGUCCAUUGCCCCCUCACAGGCUGCCAGCUUCAUGAACGACGCCAUCGAGAAGGCACGCAAAGCUGCUGAGCUCCAGGCCAAGAUCCAGUCCACGCUGGCCAUGAAGCCAGGCAUCCUGGGAGCCAUGAACAACACGGGGCCACACAACCUUGUGGCACUUGCUAACCUGCAUGCCAUGGGCAUUGCACCACCUAAAGUGGAGGCCCGUGAGAUCACCAAGCCGACGCCGCUCAUUCUGGACGAGCUUGGGAGAACCGUCGACGCCAGUGGAAAGGAGGUGGAGCUCACGCACCGCAUGCCCACUCUGAAAGCUAAUAUCAGAGCAGUUAAGCGAGAACAGUUUAAGCAGCAGCUGAAGGAAAAGCCCAGCGAUGACCUCGAAUCCACGUCCUUCUUCGACCCCAGGAUGGCCAUGCCUCAGCCACAGAGACAGAGGAAGGCAUUUAGGUUCCACGAUAAGGGCCGCUUUGAGAAAAUAGGCCAGCGGAUACGCACCAAGGCUCAGCUGGAGAGGUUGCAGAUGGAGAUUGCACAGGCGGCCAAAAAGACGGGCAUCCAGGCGUCGACCAAGCUGGCUCUGAUCGCCCCUAAGAAGGAGCUUGGUGAGGGUGACGUGCCUUCCAUAGAGUGGUGGGACUCCUUCAUCCUGCCCAACAACAUAGAAAUCUCUGUUCAUCCUGUAUUUGAUAACCUGGACUUCCAUGGAAUCACCAAUCUGGUGGAACACCCUGCCCAAAUGGCCCCUCCAGUGGACAUGGACAAGCCGGUGACUCUGGGUGUGUAUUUGACGAAGAAGGAGCAGAAGAAGCUGAGGCGGCAGACACGGCGUGAGGGACAGAAGGAGCUGCAGGAAAAGGUCCGACUCGGCCUCAUGCCCCCUCCGGAACCCAAAGUGCGGAUCUCUAAUCUGAUGCGUGUGCUGGGUACGGAAGCGGUGCAGGAUCCCACGAAAGUGGAGGCCCACGUCCGAGCGCAGAUGGCCAAGAGACAAAAAGCUCACGAGGAGGCAAAUGCAGCACGCAAACUGACAGCGGAGCAAAGGAAAGAGAAGAAAGUGAAGAAGCUGAAGGAAGAUCUGAGUCAUGGUGUUCACAUCGCUGUCUACAGGAUCCGAAACCUGCACAACCCGGCCAAGAAGUUCAAAGUGGAAGCCAACGCAAAUCAGCUGUAUCUGACCGGCACCGUGGUGCUGCACAAAGACGUCAACAUCGUCGUGGUGGAAGGAGGACCCAAAUCACAGAAGAAGUUUAAGAGGUUGAUGCUGAACAGGAUUAAAUGGGCGGAGCCUAGCUCAAAGAGGGAUGAACCUGAUGGCUCGGACGACGAGGGAUCGAAGAAGCCCAACAAGUGCACUCUUGUUUGGGAGGGCACAGCGAUGGAGCGCAGCUUCGGUGACAUGAAGUUCAAGCAGUGCCCCACGGAGAACAUGGCGCGCGAGCACUUCAAGAAGCAUGGUGCAGAGCACUACUGGGACCUGGCCCUGAGUGAGAGUGUGCUGGAGACGGCUGACGACUGAGAGAGAGGGAGAGAGCGAGCGAGAGGGAGAGGACGCAUAUGUGAUGUGGUCCGAGUGACACAGGCAGCCAUGUUUUGGUUCGUUAUAGGAGGAGAGAAGCGGACUGGAUUGAAUCUAACGUGCUUCAGCCUGGCAGUCGUGUGUGUGUGUGUGCGUGCGCUCGCGUCUGUUUUGAUGAUCUGCACUGCUGCUACUCGUGGAUAUCGGAUUCCUGUGAUCAUGGCAGGACGUUUGCAAUAGAGAAUCUAGCGCAAGGACGCGUUUCUCCCGUGACUUGUGCAGAACGUUGAAGACGGCUGCUUUGAUUCCAUCGUUCCGUGGACAUAGGAUCCUUUAUAGCCAAAGUGUAACUUUUUUUUGUUUGUUUUUGUUUUUUGUUUUUGUUUUUUGAUUCCCCUUCCCUUUUUUUUUUUUUUUUUUUUUUUUUUUUUUUUUUUUUUAUUUUAUUUUAUUUUAUUUUAUUUUUUUAUUGUUAAGUGUAUGUGAGAUUAUUCACCUGCUGGUCUCUUUAGCUGUGUACCCAGGCUGUUACCAACUGCACACACUGAAUGAUUUGAUUGAUUAAAGCUUUGGAGGGAAAACAGUUGUUGUUCCUCGAGGUAUCAAAGAUUUAAUUCAGUUUUAUCGAUUUGCUCAACACGGACCACAAGAGGAUCAAAUCAGCCCCUUUCCUUUGAUGCGCCUUGUGUUCAGGCUUUCAUACUGUAGCGUUAGGCUGUACAUUGUGGCUGUUAAAGAAUCUAAAGAAUCGUCUCGGGAGAAAAGAAAUAAAUAAAUAAAAUCUCCCAAGACGUUCAUGCAGAUUAUAGGAAAGUGCAAUUAAGAGAGCAUUCAGUAGAUUGGUAAUUAAAUACUAAUCAAGAUACUGAUGUGUAAGGCUAUUGAAAUGUUUCAGAAUUUAGGUUAAUGUUUUUUGGGGAUUUUUUUUUUUUUUAAUCAGUUAGUCAGUCGAGCAACCCCUUAAACCAGUGACCAUGGCUUUGUGCCUUGUGUGUCAGGUAGACUUUAUAAUCCCAGAAGCAACCAUUAGCAACGUUUCCUGUCAAACAUAAACCACUCUGAUUGGCUGUACCUCAACCUAAUAGAGCAAAAACUGAUCUGUAUAAUAAUUCGUGCCAGGUGGAAAAAAGUUCCGCGUUGAAACAUCAAACAGACAUUACGCCUCAUUUAUCAAUCUUUUAAUGAAGCUGUAUAAAUGUUUGCAGAAACCAAACAGGACGGUUCUGAUUUUCCUUCGAAUUCACAUGUGUACGACGUUCUGCGCGCGCACAAAAUUCAACAUUGUUCUUUUUAUCUGGACGACUAACCUUAUUCAUCUUCAUUUGUGUGUUUUGUGUGAUGGAAGUAUUUUGACACUGUUAUUUUUGUUGUUUUGAUAUCAUUUCCACUGCAUGUAUCCGCUUCAAAUUUAUACACGUUAUGAGUUUGUACUUUAUAAAUUGGAACAAAAAAAAAAAAAAGUAUUCCGACACCACAGAUUAACUACGUUAGUACUUUGCUGCAAAUCUCUUGUUGGAAGUUUCAGCUAUGAGAUGUCUACGGUAAGAAGUAAUUAGCAUUAAACAACCCCUGGCAGAAAUUAUGGAAUCGCCACACCUUGGAGGAUGCUCAAUUUGUAGCAAAUAAAAAAAUCACGCACAUGGCACCAAACAAUUUUUGUUUAAAGUUUAGCUGAACAUUCUGCCUUCAUGAAACAUGCCUCAAAAAAGUUAACUGUAAUUAUUUUAAUUAACAGCAUUUUGUUUUUUUCUUAAAUAAUUUAUGAAAAAUUAAAGCAUCAUCUUGUAAUUUGCCUUUCUAAAACAAAUAGCACUAAUCAUGCAAGUCUAAACAUGCUAAUUAGUCUGCAGUUAAAAGAAAGUGUUUGCAGACCUUAACCUUGGACUUUUUGAAAGGAAACGUGACCCCAACAAGAGAGUCGUCAAUUGAAACAAUGGAAAGGAUUAUAAAACCCCUUCGAGAAGGAAGUCCAACAUGGAGUGUGGCAAAAGAUGUCCAUUGUUCCCGGUCAGCUGCGUCUAAAAUUUGGUGCAAGUGUAAACAAGAUGGGAACGGUUAUAAAAGAAAAACAUCAAAGCGUUAGGAUAGAAAACUCAAAGCAGUUCGCCUGGAAAAUAGAAACUGCACAACAAAUGAGCUGAAACAGGAGGCAGUGUUCUUACAGUGGAUCUGCUGAAUGAAAUGGGAUCUACGUAAUGAAAAGCCUAUGGAAAACCAGCACUAACACUUAAACAGAAGAAAAGAAGGUUAGAGUGGGCUAAAGAGGAGAAAUCAUGGAGGAUCGGAUGAAAGGUAAAGGACCAGGAGAGACCUCAACAGACAAUGCACAGAUGUAUGUUGAAUUUUUGGACCCUUUCUUUUUUUCCUCAUUCAUUGAUGGGUUUGGUGAUGAAGUCAUUUUUCAGGAUGAUGAUGCCAAUCUUGCUACAGAGCAAAGAGUGUUGAAGCUUAUCUUGAGGAAAGGCAGAUCAUCUCAACGACCUGGCCAGCAAACAGUCCAGAUCGCAAUCCGACUGAAACUUUAUGGUGGAAAUUUAAAAUAAAUUGGUCCAUGACAAGGCUCCAUCCUGUAAAGCUGAUCUGUCCACCGUUAUCUGAGAAAGUUGGAGCCAGUUUGAUGGAGAAGAUUGUUUUUCAUUAGUGAAGUCCACACCUCAAAGAAUUCAGGCCGUCAUAAAAGCCUGACGAGGAGCGACACAGUACGAAUUGUGAUUUUUUUUUAAAAUUCUUUCGUUGAUUAUUCCUUAUUUUUUUCCUUUACUUGAUAUGUGGGGAAAAAAAAUAUGCCAUUAAUUAAAACAGUUUAAUUUGUUUGAGGUAUUGUUGACGAAGCCAGAAUGUUCAGCUAUUAAUCAAAAUUGUUUUGUGUCUCAUCUGUGAUUUGUUUAUUUGCUAUGAAGUAAAAACCCCGGGUGAGCAUCCUCGAAGUGUGGUGAUUCCAUCAUUUUUGCCAGGGGUUGUAUUUCAAUUUUGGCCCAUUCAUCUUGGCAAAUUAUCUUCAAUUCCCCAAGGUUACGAGGGUCCCUCUGAUGGACUUCCAUAAUUUUUCAAUGGGAUUCAUGUCAGGAGACUAGGCCAGUGGUUGCCAAACGUUUCCAGGGCAAGGCCCCCCAAUUGACAUUAACAUUUGACCGAGGCCCCCCUUUUGCAAGAUGUCUUUAAAACACAUUAAAAAUACAGACUUCUGAAUAUAUCCCCUUAUUUUAAAUUAAUAACUACAUCUUGCAUCUUUACAUUACAUUAGAUUAGGAAUUGAUUGUGUGUGUGUGGAUCAUGAAAAUCAUGUAUUUAUUUAUUUUUCACACCAAGUUGUUGAGGCCCCCCUGGCAGCCCCCACUUUGAAAACCACUGGGCUAGGCCAUUCAAGACCUUUGUUUGUGGUCAUUGUCUUGUUGAAAUGUCUCUUUUCCCCACAUUCGUUUAUUUUUAGCAGGUGAGAUUAAAUCUUCUGUUAUAACCCGCUAGCUUUGGGAUGGGAAGUUAUUUUGUGUGCACGUCUGGACUCCCGCCCUGAGUUUCCAGCCUGCCCUAGCCUGCCUUGCUCCCGCCUCCCAGGACAACAUCACUGAGCGCGCGGCCAUAUCUGAAAAGGAAGAAGAUAUAUUCUAUAUUCACAACUCUAUAUUCUGACUGCUGUUCUGGGUUUUGACUCUUGCCUGGGGUUUUGGUCUGUGAUUUUGGUUGUUCCUGUAUCUGGUUGUGUAUACUCUUCACUAGUGUAUACACGUUCACUGGCGAUAGGGGUGGGGCUGCCAUUUCUUUUGGGAGAGGGUACUUUUGUCUCUGUUUUUGGCUUAGGCACUUAGGGAAGUAUUUGUCUUUUCUUUGUUUUUUGCUUUUUAGGUAAGCUAGCUAACAAUAGAAUCCUUUUGUUUAUUAUUUUGGCUUUGGCCCACCCUGAAGUUAUGUCUGGUUUGGUUCUUCGUAGAGUGGUAUGUAUAUAAUUCUGUGUUUUACAAUACACCACAAUUUUGUUUUGAAGAA